AUGGAUGUAGAGGGAGCCAAACAAGUUACACCUACGAGGCACACAUGUGCUCACUGUAAGCAAACUAAUUUAAGAUCUGCAAAUCAGUGUAGCGGAUGUGGCCAGCUUUUCCAUAAAGCUUGUUUGUUAAAAAAUCACAAAUACACAAAUGAACGUGGUGAGCAAAUUGAAUGUGUAGGACAUGAAAUAUCAGAUAACGUCAGUGUUGCAUCUUCUGUUUCAUCGGUAACAAGAAAAAAGAGGAAAAGGUAUGAUGAGGAAAUUGAUGUUAGUGACAUUGCUGAUAAAGUGGAUACGUUGAUUGAUAGAGUCCAGGAAAUUGGUGUAAAUGUAGAAGACUUCAGAUAUGAAAUCAAAAACAUUGCAAUGCAGAUAUUCUUAGAUAUUAAAGAUGACUCAAUGAAAACGGUUCGGGAAAUAGUGAGAGAGGAAGUGCAAAAUGUAAUUGGCGGAAGUAAUGAUUGUAAGACAGAAGAAGUUAAAAGUUUUAAAAAACUUGCUACCUAUGCUGACAGAGCUAAAGGAUCAAAAACUGAGACAGUUGUAAUUGAGCCUAAAGAGAAACAAGAUAACAUUUUUGAGAAAUGGUUAUUCACUGUUAAGCCUGAUGUAAUUUGUUUGACAGAAACACACAUAGGUCCAGACGUAUUUGACCAUGAAAUUGAAUUUAAAAACUAUAGUCAUGUGCGGACGAAUACGAGAAAUAAUCGAACCGGUGGUAUAUUGCUGAAUAGUACUGAAAUCAGUGAUAAAACUUGGAUUAAUGUGGUUCAAAUAGGCGGGAGUGAUGGUUUUGUCAUUGUAAAUGUUUAUAGAUCACCAAAAAAUCGUGUGAGUGAGUUUAAAGAAAAUAUGGUUGAGUUAUUAGAAAACUAUGUUGAUAAGGGAAAACUUAUAACAGUAGGCGAUUUUAAUUUAGAUGUUGGCAGUGACAAGGAUCGUUAUGCUCGUAAUUUUGUCAAUGAAUGUGCCUUGCUGGGACUCAAGCAACUUGUCAAAGUGCCGACGAGAUCAACAUUGACAUCAGACACAAUAAUAGACCUAGUGUUUUCAAAUGUGGAGUUGUAUAUUGAUGUUUUGUCUACGCCCAGGGUGUCUGAUCACAACAUUAUUGUUAUAAAUUCAGAUUUAAAUAUUGAACAAAAUAAAAAUCUGGGAGUGAUAGAAAAAAGAAACUUUAACAAAUUUGAUCCAAACAUAUUUUGUGAUAUUUUUGCUGAAAGAUAUAAGAUAGAUAUUAAUGAUGAUAUAGAUGUAGUUAUCAAUAAAUUUAAUAGUAGUAUAACAUAUGCCCUACAUUACAAUGAUUCUUAG